AUGACAAUUGAAAAAUCUUUAAUAAUUAAUGUCUUUACUGGAGGUGCAGCUGGAUCAUGGAGAGAUCCAAAUGAUACAUCAAGAGAAUUUACAAGAAGUUUAGAUCAAUGGAUUAAAUUAGCUAAGACAGCAGAAAAAGGUAAAUUACAUUCAUUAUUCAUUGCUGAUCAUUUAAGUUUCUUUGAUACUUAUAAAGGACCAGGAAAUUAUGAAUUACCUGCAAAACUUGGUAAAUAUUCACCAAGAGUUGAUCCAUCAAUUCCCAUCACUGCAAUGGCCCAAGCUACGGAAGGAUUAGGUUUUGGUAUAAGUUUUAGUACUGUUGUGGAACAUCCAUAUCAUUUUGCAAGAAGAUUAGCUUCUCUGGAUUUAUUAACAAAUGGUAGAAUUGGUUGGAAUAUUGUUUCAAGUUAUUUAGAAAGUAUAGGCCCAAAUUUAUUAAAUGGUGAACCUUUCCCACAACAUGAUGAAAGAUAUGUUAAGACUGAAGAAUUUGUUGAUGUUGUUUUGAAAUUGCUAUUAUCAUCGUGGAGAGAUGAUGCAGUUAAAUAUGAUAUAGAACAAGGUAUAUUUGCAGAUCCAAAUUUACUUAGAAAGAUCAAUCAUAAGGGGAAAUAUUUCAGUGUUGAAGGACCUGGUAUCACAGAACCAACUCCACAAAGAUUUCCUUUGAUUAUUCAAGCGGGUACUUCAACUAAAGGGAAACAAUUGGCUGCUAGGUAUGCUGAGUUAGUAUUUGUUGAUGGUAGAUAUGGCGAAGCCCUAAAGAAUGAUAUUAAAGAUAUCAGAGCAUUAGCAGAGUCAUAUGGUAGAGAUCCAAAAUCUAUUAAAUUCGUUGUUGGAGCAAGUCCAAUUGUUGGUAAGACUCAUGAAGAAGCUUUGGGAAAAGUUGAAAGAUCAAAACAAUUUAGUUUACCAGAAUCUGCAGAAGUUGGUUUAAGUGCAGUUUCAGGAAUUGAUAUUAGUAAAUUUGAAGACGAUGAAGAAAUUGAUGUUGGUAAAUUAGCAAAUGGAUUAACUACAUUAACAACAAAUAUUAGUAAAAAAAUAAAGACACAUAAACCAACAAAAAGACAAUUGUUAGAAAAUUAUACCUUGGGUAAUAGUAGUUUUAUUGGAACUCCAUCAGAAAUUGCAGAUGAAUUUGAAAAAUGGGUUGAAGAAUUUGAUAUUGAUGGGUUUAAUUUUUGGCCAACUUCAUUCCCUGAUGAUUUAGAAUCAGUUGUUGACUUGUUAAUACCAGAAUUACAAACUAGAGGAAUUUUCCAUAAAGAUUAUACAUCAACUACUUUAAGAGAAAAUGUAAACCAAACGAAGGGCCAAACAUUUGUAGGUAAUGACCAUCCAGCUUAUAAAUUUAGAUGGCAAGCUGAUAAGACAAAAGAAGAAUUUGAAGCUAGUCUUUGA